AUGUCUGACCAGGAGCCAAAACCUUCAACUGAGGACUUGUGGGAUAAGAAGGUAGGAGAACACAUUAAACUGGAAGUCAUUGGACAGGAUAGCAGUGAGAUUCAGUUCAAAGUGAAAAUGACAACACACCUCAAUAAACUCAAAACAUCACACUGCCAAAGACAGAGUGUUCCAAUGAAUUCACUCAGGUUUCUCUUUGAAGAUCAGAGAAGUGCUGAUAAUUACACUCCAAAAGAAAUUGGAAUGGAGGAAGAUGUGAUUGAAGUUUAUCAGGAACAAUGA